AUGGAUGAAAUCAAGCAAGAAGAGAUGGAAAAUGAUGAGAAAACGAGUGUGGAUCUUAUUAGAAGAGUUCCUGUGAAGAUUGCUGUUCAUAGCGGUCUGCGAAACACGUAUAAUCUAUUGACACCCAGACUACCACCAACGAGGAAAGUUCUCCUGAAGCCACCGCGAGCCAGCCCAAAUCUGAAGAUGAUUCGUCCGGCUGAUAUUGUGAAUGGAGAAACUCGCGAAAUUAUUGGAAGAUUGACGUUUCAGAAAAUCAAAGCGCUGGAAAGGGAAUCAUCGGCAAAAUUCAUUGUGCCAAAACUUGUUGUUGUUCCGAAAUCCGCGAAAAGUAUAAUGCUGGAGAAUUUGAGGAUUCGAAAUAUGAAGAAGAAGAAGAAAAUGGAGUCUUCGAUAUCGACGAAAAAUGAGGAUGAAUAUUGGGGUGGUAAGUUGUUUUUUGGGAGGGGAGAAGCUGUAAAGUCCUGCUGAAAAUUUCAGUUCCAAUGAUGACUCCACUUCCCAAAGAAUACGAUUCGGACAAUUUCAAGCUCUCCAAAGUCAAUCCGAAAUUGGCAGCGAGGUUGGCGCGAUUUAUUGUGAGUUUUUUUUUUAUUCCUGAUUUUCAUCAUCCCAAAAUCAAAUUUUUCAGAACUUCAAAAAACCCGAUGUAAAACCCAGCGAAUCUGAUUAUCCCGAUUAUUUCCCCGAAAUCCUUCGAUGUCGCAAUUUCGAACCUCCUAUCGAUCCAGAAUUUCUAUUGAACUCUCUUAUGGAACCUCCUGAAAUUCCAGAGUCUUUCGGAAUGAAAGAAAUCAAAAAAGAAGAUCCGGAUCUUUUCGAGAAUGACAAUAAUGAUAAAAUUUGGUUUAGAAACGGUUUCGGAGAGGAAGAAGAUGUGAAAUUUGAUAUUUUGGACAAAAUUUGA